AUGUUGUCUCUCUUCUUCGUCCUGCCCCUGGCGGCAGCGUCAAUCGUCAACUCCCAGCUCUCCUUGCUCCCACACCACCCGCACCCUCCAGAGGACAUCCCCCCUCUGUCUCACUGGGAAGACCUCGCCGCCUCGCAGAACCGCACACUCUGCCACAUCCUACCCGGCCAGGACGGCGACGACGACGACGCAAAGACCAUCGCCUCCGCUCUCAACCAUGACUGCCGCACCAACGCCCUCGUCGUGCUCCCCGGCGCCCAGUACACCAUGGCCUCCAACAUCACCACCACGUCCAUGGACAACGUCCACAUUGAGCUCUAUGGCCGCCUCCUCUGGACCACCGACAUUGACUACUGGCUCUCCGUCUCCAUGCCCGUCGGCUUCCAGAACCAGAGCACCGUCUGGUACUUUGGCGGCCGCCACGUCCGCCUCGACGGCCACGGCACCGGCGAACUCAACGGCAACGGCCAGGUCUGGUACGACUGGGCCAAGGGACGCGGCAACCUCCCCCACCGGCCCAUGAUGAUCAACUGGCGCCACCUCCAUGCCUCCGUCAUCACCAACCUCCGCUUCGUCCAGGCCCAGAUGUGGACCAUGGCCACCACCUGGUCCCACGACCUCCUCUUCGACACCAUCUACGUCAACAACACCAGCAACAGCUCCCACUCCACGCUCAACACCGACGGCAUCGACACCAUCUACUCCGACAACAUCACCCUGCGCCGCUGGGACGUCACCUGCGGCGACGACAACGUCGCCCUCAAGGGCAACUCGAGCAACGUCUUCCUCUACGACAGCGUCUUCCACGGCGGCCAGGUCAUCGCCAUUGGCAGUCUGGGCCAGUACAAUGACGCGUGGGAGUACGUCCACACCUUCCACGCGCGCAACGUCACCAUGCGCGACACCCGCUACGCCGUCUACCUCAAGACCUGGGCCGGCCACCAAAACGGCUACCCGCCCAACGGCGGCGGCGGCGGACGAGGCCACGGCCAGGACAUUGUGCUCGAGGAUGUCGUCCUGCACGGCGCCCGCACGGCACCCUUUUGGAUCUGGCAGUGUGAGAACUACGAGGGGGACAUGGGCAAGGACUGCGACUCGAGCGAGUUCUCCUUUUCGGACCUGCGCUUCUCCAACGUCAGCGGGACCACGGCGGACGGCGUCACGCUCGCUGCUUCGUUGCGCUGCGCGGCUGGUGGUGGAGGAUGCACAAACAUUAUCGUCGAGGACUUUUCGGUCGUCACGGCUAAUACGAAGAAACCCUUGACGGAGUGGUACUGCGCCAACGUCCACAAUCCGUCAGGGUUUGAGUGUGAGCCGUUCCCUGAGGAUAAGGGCGACGACGAAUGA